GGUUUACUCGAGUAGAGUGAAGUAAACUUUUAAGUUUCCCUACUUUCUAAAUCAAGCUCUUACUUUCUGAAUCAAGUUUGUAUUUUUGUUCUUUGGUACUCAUCUUGGUUUGGAAAUUAGAGUCCCCUCGGAUGGGUCUAGUGGCUAGCGCAUGAGGUGUUGCCACAAGGAGGUCUGGGGUUUGAAUCUCGGCAAAGCUAAGGUUGAAAAUGAGGAACUUGCCAAGAAAGUUGAUACCCUAGUUGCUGAAAACACAAAUCUCCGAUCUGAAAUUAGUCAACUUAUCUCAAGCUCUGACGCAUUGCGAGCAGAGAAUUCAGCUCUAUUGGAGAAACUGAAGAAUCUCCGAUCAAUCCACCCCGAGGAAUCAUCUCAACCUAAUGUGGAGACUGAAGGUGCACCAUCAAUUGUUGCAGCAAACUUACUGUCGAUGAUCGAUAAACCAAGUUCGAUUAAUCCGAGUGAAAAUCUAGAAGCCGGAAGCACUGGCGACCCAAAUGGCAAGCUUCAACAGUUUCUCCAUACUAGUCCAAGAACAGACGCGGUUGGAACUGUACUGAGCAUGAAUCCGGUGACUAUGAUCAAGGGAUUCUAGUGAUCCUGUACAAUCCUCUUUCUUCUCUUGUUUUUUUUCCCGGUUUGUGAGAGAAUCCAUGUAACUACCAAUGCUGGAAGCUUUUCGAAAUUCCAACUGCUGUGGAUGAUAAGAACUGUUGUAAGAUUUAUCUCAAAGUUGUUACCCUAACCAUG